AGCGGCGCCCACCAGGCCCGCACUCGUGUAGCUCAGCAUGGAGCAGAGAAGAUAGUAGGAGAAGGUGGAAGAAUUCCCAAACAGGAUGGCCUUCUUGGACAACCCAACCAUUAUCCUGGCUCACAUCCGACAGUCGCAUGUGACCAGCGAUGACACGGGGAUGUGUGAAAUGGUCCUGAUUGACCACGACGUCGACCUGGAGAAAUUCCAGCCUUCUUCGGCCAAUGGGGACAGUGGCUCAGAAACGCAGGGCAACAACGGCGAGUCUCAGGGUUACGUAUACUCCCAAUCAGUCGAUAUUACCUCAAGCUGGGACUUCGGCAUCAGAAGGCGGUCAAACACAGCUCAAAGACUAGAACGGCUACGGAAAGAGAGACAGAAUCAGAUAAAAUGCAAGAAUGUGCAGUGGAAAGAGAAAAACACAUCCUAUUCAGUCGAGGAGCUAAGCUUGCUUUUUGAGAAGAAGAACUUCAAAUUGAAGCCUCCACAUGCUGUGAAGUCGUCGAUCCUUUCGGUCCGGCUGGAGCAGUGCCCCCUGCAGCUGAACAACCCGUUCAAUGAAUACUCGAAAUUUGAUGGCAAGGGCCAUGUUGGAACAACCGCCACCAAAAAAAUUGACGUCUACCUCCCGCUGCACGCCAAUCAGGACAAGCUGCAGCCCAUGACCGUGGUGACGAUUGCCAACGCCAAGGUCCAUGACUUGAUCGGGCUUAUCUGUUGGCAGUACACGAGCGAAGGACGGGAGCCCAAACUGAACGACAACGUCAGUGCUUACUGUCUCCACAUUGCCGAGGACGAUGGCGAAGUGGACACGGAUUUCCCACCUUUGGAUUGCAACGAACCCAUUCACAAGUUCGGCUUCAGCACACUGGCACUGGUCGAGAAGUACUCAUCACCUGGCUUGGCCGCCAAACAGUCGCUCUUUGUCCGAAUAAAUGCUGCGCAUGGAUUCUCGCUUAUCCAGGUGGACAGCAUGAAGGUCACCAUGAAGGACAUCUUACAAAAGGCCUUGAAGCGGAGGAAAGGAUCCCAGCGAGGCUCAGGGCCUCAGUACCGGCUGGAGAAGCAGAAUGAGCCAAAUGUCCCUGUUGACUUGGACUGCACCUUGGAAAGUCAGAGCACUUUGGAGUUCUGCCUCGUCCGUGAGAAUAGUUCGAGAGGAGAGGAGAUCUCGGAGGAGGACCCACAGAUUGAUAUCGCUACUGUUCAGGACAUGCUAAGCAGCCACCAUUACAAGUCUUUCAAAGUCAGCAUGAUCCAUAGGCUGCGGUUCACCACAGAUGUUCAGCUAGGUAUCUCAGGAGACAAAGUGGAGGUGGAUCCUGCGACGAAUCAGAAAGCCAGUACCAAGUUCUGGAUUAAGCAGAAGCCAAUUUCCAUCGACUCAGAACUUCUCUGUACCUGUGACCUUGCAGAAGAGAAGAGCCCAAGCCAUGCAAUAUUUAAACUCACAUAUCUAAGCAAUCAUGACUACAAACAUCUCUACUUUGAGUCUGAUGCUGCUACCGUCAACGAGAUUGUGCUGAAGGUGAACUACAUCCUCGAGUCCCGCGCCAGCACCGCUCGAGCAGACUACUUGGCUCAGAAGCAAAGGAAGCUGAACAGGAGGACCAGCUUUAGCUUCCAGAAAGAGAAGAAGUCAGGACAGUAGCGAGGUCUAGGCUGGGCUAGAACAAAACUGGAAAAACG